GAUGGCGCAAUAUUACUACGGCAAUUUUCGGGCAGAGAUGGACGUCCGGAGUGGAUUGCUCUAAAAUUUUGCGACUUUAUCUAACGACUGCUCACAAGGAAAGGACAAUAUUCCAGUGCAGAUCCAUGAGGUACAGGGCAUGUAAACUUCCACGAAUUGAUGAGAUCUUAAAAGCCAUGCAGUGUAUUCCUCGUUUUCUCCCAUCUUAAUUUGUGUAAGCUAGAGGUAGUCUGACGUGGCCUCCUUGGCAUCCAUGGCCUCUAGCCGCCGCUUUUAUCCACAAACUGGUCGUAUAUUCAUCUGUCGUUUCUGCUUCCACCCCUUCUGCAGCCAGCACAGACUGGAGACCCACGAACGCAUUCACACUGGCAAGAAGCUUCACCAGUGUCCCCUCUGUUACAGAGCCUUCUCACAAGCCAUGUACCUAAGAUUCCACCUUGAACAGAUCCAUGGUGGAUCGCAGGAGCAGGCAGAAGUCCAUGUCCAUUCAACUUCGAGUCUGCAAAGCCAAACUGGUACAGUUCUUGAUGCGGUUGUUGGUGGAGGUGUGUCAGGAACGCUGCAUUUCAAUAGUGGUAAUGGUAUUGAGCAGGAGACAUCUGAUGACUUAGCAAUGAGGAAUCCACCCAUAGGGGAGAGUAGUAUGGUUCCCGAUGGUGCCUUGGCUGCAGAGAUUAGAACAAGGCAACCAAAAGAGGAAUGUGAUACGCAGCAUGAACUUUCUUCUGAAGGCAGGAGACCUGAUUCUGGAAGCAACAAUGAUGUUUAUGAAUCUCCCCGUGAUAUUAAACAGGAGAUAGUAAUCCAAAUCGAUAAUGGGAACAAUCAACCAUCAUCUCUAGAAUCUUUAGGGGAUCUCAUGGACCUUGCCCCACUCUUUUUUGUUGAGGACAUCCCUGUUGGCAUCAUGGACCAGUCGACCUCUUCCAUUAAUAUCAUCACCAGUGAUGAAUCCAUCAUGCAAAUGCAACCUCAAUCCAGUUCUUCGGCUCAGGAAGAUUCUGGCGUUGUCAAGGUAAUGGCCAAAGACACCACUAGCUCUUCAUCCCAGGAACAUGCAAGCAUAGGUGAGGACACCACUAACUCUUCAUCCCAGGAAGAUCCCGGUCAUGUAAAGGUCAUGGACAAGGACUCCACUAGCAUUUCAUCUCAGGAAGAUCCUUGCAUUGUAAAGGUCAUGGACAAGUACACCACUAGCUCUUCAUCCCAGGAAGAUCCUGGCAUUGUUGAGGUCAUAAUCAAGGACACCACCAACUCUUUAUCCCAGAAUGAUCCUGGCCUUGUCAAGGUCAUAGUCAAGGACAACAUCAUUAGCUGUUCAUCUGAGGAAGAUCCUGGCCUCUUCGAGGUUAAAGUUGGAGACACCUCCAGUUCUUCAUCACAGGAAAACUCAGUCCUUAUACAGGUCAAGGUCGAGGACACCCCCAGCUCUGACCAACAGCCCACUAGCUCAGAGAAGACAGUCUUUCCGAACAAAGCUAAAGCUGAUAGAGUAGAAACACAUAUUCCAAGAAAGAUUCGGAAGCAACAGACUCCUCAGAGGACGAUCUUUGACGAUGAAGAGUCAGUGGCUCUAGCACUUUCUCCUGAAUCUAUGCUGGUGGAAGAUGCAGAGAGGGAUCUAGAAGAGAAUGUUGUGCCUGGAGAUGGAAUGGGUGUCAUUACCGCAGAGAACAAGUCCCAUACAUGGACAUCCGGUGCGCUGCAGGAGGAGUUGAAGCGAUCAUCAAGCCCGAAGGACCACUCGGAUACUUUCCAACAUAUCCAAAGUUCUUGCCAAGUGCCAUCUGACCAUGGUCCUUCAGCUGAUAAUGCCGGUGAUAGUAACAGAAUAGGUAACAUGUCACAGUCUCCACAAUGUAACGUAGAUGAUGCCAAAACCAAAUCAGAUGCGUCAAAUUCUCUUUUGCUUAACCCUUCAAAUCUAGGGGAGAGUGGUAACAAUAAUGCUGGUGGUUCUCUCCUGCCUGAAGUCUCAAGAAAGAGAAAGAGACUGACAUGUGAGCUCUGCGGUAAAACAUUUACGGGUACUCUGUUUCUCAGAUCUCAUUUCAGAGUUGAACACGGGGCAGAAAUCAUAGGUAUUGAUAGCGACGAUGAUUGCUCGCUUGAUGGUGAAGAGGGAAAAGAAAAAGGUGAAAGUAAUGGCGUAUCCCAGUUCCCAAAGAAUCCCAAACUUAAACCUGUGAAAAGGGGAAGAGGCAGGCCUAAAGGCUCUAAAAAUAAGGCUAAAGAUUCUCCCAAAACAGUCUCUGCGCAACCUGGCCAAAAGAAAUCAAAGAUGGUAGUCAAAGUAAAACAAAUGGUGGCUCAAAAGGCUUCUCCUGAUCCUGUCAACCCAAAGAAAAGAGGCCGACCUCCUAAGUAUAAAGUUCAGCCUUCUUCACCCCUUGAGUUGAAAUCGAAAAACGGCAACUCGGCGCGAGCGAGUGUUUCCCGUGCCACAGUCAGUAAGGCUGUGGACAAAUCUGCCAUUGACCCUUCCAUCAUAAAACGACAGAAUAUCACUAAUGAGGACUUGGAGCCUUUUAUAGAAAAUAAAAUAAAAAAGGAAAGAAAGGGACCAGUCUCCAUAUCUGGAGGUUUCAGAGGUUUCAAAUGUGAUUUGUGUGAGAAAGUGUUUAUUAACAAGAGCGAUCUCAAUCGCCACAUUCGCUCCCACACCGGUGAGCAGCCGUACGCAUGUUCCACUUGCGGGAGAAGGUUUGGUGAUUACGCACAUCUUCGGGACCAUCAAAAGCUGCAUUCCGACGUGAAAGCGUACGAAUGUAAAAUAUGCGGCAAGAGGUUCGCCCAAUCCGGCGGGCUUUACUCACAUUCCCGGACGCACGAGGAAAGGAAGUACGGUUGCAAGGUGUGUUCGAAGAAAUUCACGCGCAAGAGCGAUGUGCAGAGGCACCUGCGGACCCACUCUGACCUCAAACCGUUCAAAUGUACCCUCUGCCAACAGGGCUUCAACACAGAACAGUCGCUGAAAGACCAUGCUAAGUUGCAUUCUGAGGAGAGGAAGUUUGCGUGCAAAGAAUGCGGCGCAAGGUUUGCUGGUCGGAACGGCCUGCACUCGCAUUUCAAAACGCAUCUUGAGAAGGGAUACGAGUGUAAGACGUGCUCAAAGUCGUUUUCUAGAAAUUCUGACUGGCACAGGCAUAUGAAAACUCAUAAAAAAUAAUCACAUACUCUCGUAGAAACAAUGUCAAGAGUGUACUCCUUGCCUAUUUCAGCCAGUUGUGCUUGCUCAAAGCCUGCUGGAAUUUAUUAAAUCAAUGGUAAAUGUAUCAAUUAAUUUCCUUUUCACCUGUAUGUCUAUUGACAACCAGUUAUGGACCUUAUUUUUAUG